CCUGCCCGAUGACGACAAGACCCCGAUGUCGGAGAGAUUGGAUGACACGGAGCCGUACUUCAUUGGGAUUUUUUGCUUUGAAGCUGGAAUUAAGAUCAUUGCUCUUGGGUUUGCCUUCCACAAAGGCUCCUACCUGAGGAACGGCUGGAACGUGAUGGAUUUUGUGGUGGUGCUAACAGGCAUCUUGGCGACAGUUGGGACGGAGUUUGACCUGCGGACGCUGAGAGCGGUACGGGUGCUGCGGCCACUCAAGCUGGUGUCAGGAAUUCCAAGUUUACAAGUCGUCCUGAAGUCAAUCAUGAAGGCGAUGAUCCCUCUGCUGCAGAUCGGCCUCCUCCUAUUUUUUGCAAUCCUUAUUUUUGCAAUCAUAGGGUUAGAAUUUUAUAUGGGAAAAUUUCAUACCACCUGCUUUGAAGAGGGGACAGAUGAUAUCCAGGGUGAGUCCCCGGCUCCAUGCGGGACAGAGGAACCCGCCCGCACCUGUCCCAAUGGGACCAAAUGCCAGCCGUACUGGGAAGGGCCCAACAACGGGAUCACUCAGUUCGACAACAUCCUGUUCGCCGUGCUGACUGUCUUUCAGUGCAUCACCAUGGAAGGCUGGACCGAUCUCCUCUACAAUAGCAACGACGCCUCAGGGAACACUUGGAACUGGCUGUACUUCAUCCCCCUCAUCAUCAUUGGCUCCUUUUUUAUGCUGAACCUCGUGCUGGGUGUGCUAUCAGGAGAGUUUGCCAAAGAAAGAGAACGCGUAGAAAACCGACGGGCUUUUCUGAAGCUGAGACGGCAACAGCAGAUAGAACGCGAGCUCAAUGGGUACAUGGAAUGGAUCUCAAAAGCAGAAGAGGUGAUCCUCGCCGAGGACGAGACUGAUGUGGAGCAGAGGCAUCCCUUUGAUGCUCUGCGGAGAGCCACUAUAAAGAAGAGCAAGACGGAUUUGCUGAACCCAGAAGAGGCUGAGGACCAGCUGGCUGACAUCGCCUCUGUGGGGUCUCCCUUUGCCCGAGCCAGCAUUAAAAGUGCCAAGCUGGAGAACUCAACUUUUUUUCACAAAAAGGAGAGGAGGAUGCGUUUCUACAUCCGUCGCAUGGUCAAAACUCAGGCCUUCUACUGGACUGUGCUCAGUCUGGUAGCCCUCAACACGCUGUGCGUUGCUAUUGUCCACUACAACCAGCCCGACUGGCUAUCUGACUUCCUCUACUAUGCAGAAUUCAUUUUCUUAGGACUCUUUAUGUCCGAAAUGUUUAUAAAAAUGUACGGGCUUGGGACGCGGCCUUACUUCCACUCUUCCUUCAACUGCUUUGACUGUGGGGUCAUCAUCGGGAGCAUCUUCGAAGUCAUCUGGGCUGUCAUAAAGCCUGGCACAUCCUUUGGGAUCAGUGUGUUACGAGCUCUCAGGUUACUGCGUAUUUUCAAAGUCACAAAGUACUGGGCAUCUCUCAGAAACCUGGUCGUCUCUCUCCUCAACUCCAUGAAAUCCAUCAUCAGCCUGCUGUUCCUUCUCUUCCUCUUCAUUGUCGUCUUUGCCCUUCUGGGAAUGCAACUCUUCGGCGGCCAGUUUAAUUUCGAUGAAGGGACUCCUCCUACCAACUUUGAUACCUUCCCUGCAGCAAUAAUGACAGUGUUUCAGAUCCUGACAGGCGAGGACUGGAAUGAGGUCAUGUACGACGGGAUCAAGUCCCAGGGCGGCGUGCAGGGCGGCAUGGUGUUCUCCAUCUACUUCAUUGUGCUCACGCUCUUUGGGAACUACACCCUGCUGAAUGUGUUCCUCGCCAUCGCUGUGGACAAUCUGGCCAAUGCCCAGGAGCUCACCAAGGAUGAACAAGAAGAGGAGGAGGCGGCCAACCAAAAACUUGCUCUACAGAAAGCCAAGGAGGUGGCGGAAGUGAGUCCCCUGUCUGCGGCCAACAUGUCCAUAGCUGUGAAGGAGCAGCAUAAGAACCAGAAGCCGGCCAAGUCGGUAUGGGAGCAGCGCACGAGCGAGAUGCGCAAGCAGAACCUGCUGGCGAGCCGCGAGGCGCUGUACGGCUGCGAGCUGGACGCCGACGAGCGCUGGAAGGCCGCGUACGCACGCCACCUGCGGCCGGACAUGAAGACGCACCUGGACCGGCCGCUGGUGGUGGACCCGCAGGAGAACCGCAACAACAACACCAACAAGAGCCGCGCGCCCGCCGAGCCCGCCCGCAGCAGGGACAGCCGCGCGGGGUCGCCACGCGCCGGGGACGGGGAGCCGCGCAGGCCGCGCGCACACCGCAGGCCUGGAGACGACGAGGAGCGCAGGCGCCACCGGGAGAGCGACGGACCCGAGGGCGCAGAGCGGAGGCGGCGGCACCGGCACACGGGGGCCCCGGGCGCCUACGAGGGCGACGCGCGCAGGGAGGACAAGGAGCGCAGACACCGGCGCAGGAAAGAGAACCAGGGCUCUGGGAUGCCCGUGUCCGGCCCCAACCUGUCAACCACGCGGCCCAUCCAGCAGGACCUGGGCCGCCAGGACCCGCCGCUGGCCGAGGACAUCGACAACAUGAGGAACAACAAGCUGGCCACCGGGGAGUCGGCGGGCCCCCACAACAGCCUGGGCCCCCCAGGGCUGCCCCAGAGCCCAGCCAAGAUGGGGACCAGCAUGGACCCCGGCCACAUGCCCAACGCGCCCGCCAUGGCCACCAACCCCCAGAACUCUGCCAGCCGCCGGAUGCCCAACAACCCGGGGAACCCGGCUAACCCUGGGCCCCCCAAGGCCCCCGAAAACAGCCUUAUCGUCACCAACCCCAGCAGCACCCAGAGCGACUCAGCCAAGACUGCCAGGAAGCCUGACCACACCACGGUGGACAUGGCCCCCGCCUGCCCGCCGCCCCUCGAUCACACGGUCGUGCAAGUGAAUAAAAACGCCAACCCAGACCCACUGCCAAAAAAGGAGGAGGAGAAGAAGGAGGAGGAGGAUGAUGCUGCUGGGGAAGACGGCCCCAAGCCCAUGCCACCCUACAGCUCCAUGUUCAUCCUGUCUACCACCAACCCCCUGCGCCGCCUGUGCCAUUACAUUCUCAACCUGCGCUACUUCGAGAUGUGCAUCCUCAUGGUCAUCGCCAUGAGUAGCAUCGCGCUGGCAGCCGAGGACCCCGUGCAGCCCAACGCCCCGCGCAACAACGUGCUGCGGUACUUUGAUUAUGUUUUUACGGGCGUCUUUACCUUUGAGAUGGUCAUCAAGAUGAUCGACCUGGGACUCGUCCUGCACCAGGGCGCCUACUUUCGCGACCUCUGGAACAUCCUUGACUUCAUAGUGGUCAGUGGGGCCCUGGUGGCCUUUGCCUUCACUGGCAACAGCAAAGGAAAGGACAUCAACACAAUCAAAUCUCUCCGUGUCCUCCGGGUGCUACGACCUCUCAAAACCAUCAAGCGGCUGCCAAAGCUUAAGGCUGUGUUUGACUGCGUGGUGAAUUCCCUCAAGAACGUCUUCAACAUCCUCAUCGUCUACAUGCUCUUCAUGUUCAUCUUCGCCGUGGUGGCCGUGCAGCUCUUCAAGGGCAAGUUCUUCCACUGUACGGACGAGUCCAAGGAGUUUGAGAAGGACUGUCGCGGGAAGUACCUCCUGUAUGAGAAGAACGAGGUGAAGGCGCGGGACCGGGAGUGGAAGAAGUACGAGUUCCACUAUGACAACGUGCUCUGGGCCCUGCUGACGCUGUUCACAGUGUCCACAGGAGAGGGAUGGCCGCAGGUCCUCAAGCACUCCGUGGACGCCACCUUUGAGAACCAGGGCCCCAGCCCCGGCUACCGCAUGGAAAUGUCCAUCUUCUACGUUGUCUACUUUGUGGUCUUCCCCUUUUUCUUUGUUAACAUCUUCGUGGCCUUGAUCAUCAUCACCUUCCAGGAGCAGGGGGACAAGAUGAUGGAGGAGUACAGCCUGGAGAAGAAUGAGAGAGCCUGCAUCGACUUUGCCAUCAGUGCCAAGCCACUGACCCGGCACAUGCCGCAGAACAAGCAGAGCUUCCAGUACCGCAUGUGGCAGUUCGUGGUGUCCCCGCCGUUCGAGUACACCAUCAUGGCCAUGAUCGCCCUCAACACCAUCGUGCUGAUGAUGAAGUUCUAUGGAGCCUCGGUUGCUUAUGAAAACGCUCUCAGAGUAUUUAACAUCGUCUUCACCUCCCUUUUCUCUCUGGAAUGUGUGCUCAAAGUUAUGGCCUUUGGGAUUCUGAAUUAUUUCCGUGAUGCCUGGAACAUCUUCGACUUUGUGACUGUUCUGGGCAGCAUCACAGACAUCCUCGUGACGGAGUUUGGGAAUAACUUCAUCAACCUGAGCUUCCUCCGCCUCUUCCGGGCUGCUCGGCUCAUCAAGCUCCUCCGUCAGGGUUACACCAUCCGCAUUCUCCUCUGGACCUUCGUGCAGUCCUUCAAGGCCUUGCCCUAUGUCUGUCUGCUCAUUGCCAUGCUUUUCUUCAUCUACGCCAUCAUCGGCAUGCAGGUGUUUGGCAACAUUGGCAUAGAUGUGGAGGACGAAGACAGUGAUGAGGACGAGUUCCAAAUCACUGAGCACAACAACUUCCGGACCUUCUUCCAGGCCCUCAUGCUGCUCUUCCGGAGCGCCACUGGGGAGGCCUGGCACAAUAUCAUGCUGUCCUGCCUGAGCGGGAAACCGUGCGAUAAGAACUCCGGGAUCUUGACCGCAGACUGUGGCAAUGAAUUCGCAUACUUUUACUUCGUCUCCUUCAUCUUCCUCUGUUCGUUUCUGAUGCUGAACCUCUUUGUCGCUGUCAUCAUGGACAACUUCGAGUACCUCACCCGAGACUCCUCCAUCCUGGGCCCCCACCAUCUGGAUGAAUACGUGCGUGUCUGGGCCGAGUAUGAUCCUGCAGCUUGGGGCCGCAUGCCAUACCCGGACAUGUAUCAGAUGCUGAGACACAUGUCCCCUCCCCUGGGGCUGGGGAAGAAGUGUCCGGCCAGAGUGGCAUACAAGAGGCUCCUGCGGAUGGACCUCCCCGUGGCGGAUGACAACACUGUCCAUUUCAAUUCCACCCUCAUGGCACUGAUCCGCACAGCUCUGGACAUCAAGAUCGCCAAGGGCGGAGCCGACAAACAGCAGAUGGACGCCGAGCUGAGGAAGGAGAUGAUGGCGAUUUGGCCCAACCUGUCACAGAAGACGCUGGACCUCCUGGUCACCCCGCACAAGUCCACGGACCUGACGGUGGGCAAGAUCUACGCGGCCAUGAUGAUCAUGGAGUACUACCGGCAGAGCAAAGCCAAGAAGCUGCAGGCCAUGCGCGAGGAGCAGAACCGGACACCACUCAUGUUCCAGCGCAUGGAGCCCCCAUCCCCGACGCAGGAGGGGGGACCUGGCCAGAACGCCCUCCCCUCCACCCAGCUGGACCCUGGCAGAAGCCUGACGGCUCAUGACAGCGGCAUGAAGGAGAGCCCAUCCUGGGUGACCCAGCGGGCACAGGAGAUGUUCCAGAAAACUGGCACUUGGAGCCCAGAGCGUGGGCCCCCCUCCGACCUGCCCAACAGCCAGCCCAACCCACAGUCAGUGGAGAUGCGUGAGAUGGGCACCGAGGGCUACUCGGACAGUGAGCACUGCCUCCCCAUGGAGGGUCAGGCCCGGGCCGCCUCCAUGCCCCGGCUCCCCGCCGAGAACCAGACUAUCUCGGACACUAGCCCCAUGAAGCGCUCAGCUUCUGUGCUGGGCCCCAAAGCGCGACGCCUGGAAGACUAUUCGCUGGAGCGGGUCCCGCCUGAGGACAACCAGAGGCACCACCAGCGCCGCCGCGACCGUGGCCACCGGGCCUCAGAGCGCUCCCUGGGCCGAUACACAGAUGUAGAUACAGGCUUGGGGACAGACCUGAGCAUGACCACCCAGUCUGGGGAACUGCCAUCGAAAGAGCGGGACCAGGACAGGGGCCGGCCCAAGGACAGGAAGCACCGGCAGCAUCACCACCAUCACCACCACCAUCACCCACCCCCCGACAAGGAGCGCUAUGGCCCAGAGCGGGAACGGCCAGAGCACAGCCGCGCCCGUGCCCGAGACCAGCACUGGUCUCGCUCGCCAAGCGAGGGCCGGGAGCACAUGGCCCACCGGCAGGGCAGUAGUUCUGUAAGUGGAAGCCCAGCCCCCUCAACGUCCGGUACCAGCACUCCGCGGCGGGGACGCCGCCAGCUCCCCCAGACCCCCCCCACCCCCCGGCCACACGUGUCCUACUCCCCCGUGAUCCGUAAGGCCGGAGUCUCGGGGCCCCCACAGCCACCGCCGCAGGUCGUGGCCAGGCCGGGCCGGGUGGCCACCAGCGGCCCACGGAGGUACCCAGGCCCCGCGGCCGAGCCCCUGGCCAGGGAGCGGCCCCCCGCUGGCAGCCACGGCAGCAGCCGAUCGCCCGGCAUGGAGCGGCGAGCCCCUGGGCCAGCCCGGAGUGAGUCCCCCAGAACCUGUCGCCACGGAGGGGCCCGGUGGCCCGCAUCCGGCCCGCACAUGCCCGAGGGUCCCCGGCACCACAGCUACUACCGGGGCUCUGACUAUGGCGAGGCCGACGGCCCCGGCCUCGGUGAGGAGCCCGUGGCCGGACCCUACGACGUGCCACCCCCAACAAGACACCCGUCCUCGGGCGCCGCCGGGCGAUCGCCCAGGACUCCCCGGGCCGCGGGCCCGGCCUGCACCUCGCCUUCCCGGCACGGCCGGAGACUCCCCAAUGGCUACUACCCGGCCCAUGGACUGGCCCGGCCCGGAGGGCCCGGCUCCCGUAAAGGCCUGCACGAGCCCUACAGCGAAAGCGACGACGAUUGGUGCUAAGUCCGGGCGAGGUGACGCCGCCCCCGCCCGGCCCCCCACGCACCCCACGCACACGCCCCACCAGGAGACCAUCCCCUCCCAGCACCCCGGUGCAGGACAGAACCCGCCAGCUACGGAGACCCAAGACUCUGGAGGGGCCGGGGGCCCAGCGCACCCCCAGGCCAGAAUAGACCCUCCUGGGCAAUGGAUGCCCUCCCAGCCUCAACCUCCCCCUGUGAUGGGGGCCUGGGGUGGGCAACUGACAGACCGACCGACCACACAGCCAAGGGAUUUGAAUUAACUCAGCUCUUUUUGGAUAACUUUGGG